AUGGCGCGCAGGAGGACGGCGAAGGCCCAUCCUGACUGGAUGGCUUAUCGCAGAGUGAUGGCUGUGAGGAAAAGCGUUCUCCAUGUCAUCGUGAAGACAAUCGAGAAGGAUGAGACCGGGGUGGAAGAAACUGUCAUCCAGAUAGGAUCUUCUUUCGUGAUAAAAGUCGAUCUCCAGGCCCAAGAAACCUUCCUUCUCACGUGUGAGCAUGUGGUGCGCGGCGAGCUGAGCCCUGGUGACGGACUGCGCGUGAGGAUGAUGCUUCCGGUGGGAGUGGAGGAGUUUCCCGCCAGCAUCAUUCACAUGAACACGCAGAUGGACGUCGCCAUUCUCAGGGUUCCAGGACUGACAGCCGCAGCCCCAUUGAGGUUCUCGCCGGAGGAUCCCAUCGCCGGAGAGGGUAUUGUUGCUGUUGGGUACUGCGACCCAGACGACCUCUUCGCUGACUCGUGUUACUCCAGGAUUCCUGCCAUCAAUCCAGGGUGUGUCAGGGGGACUGCCAUGCUCUAUAGGUAUAAGCGUAUCCCGCUAUACCAUGCUCUCUUGAGUUGUAAUGGUAUGGAAGGGAUGUCUGGUGGACCAAUCCUAUCGAAGAGGGGCGUUGUGGCAAUGAUAGCAGGAGGUGAAGUUGGCUGCACAUAUGCUGUUCAUCCUAGAACAAUCCUGGGGGUGUUGAAGAGAUGUGUUGGUGUUCAGCAGCAGCAAAAUUUGACAAUGGAGGAUGUGAUGGAUCUGAUCGCAUGA